GCUGAGGAGGCUCCUCUGGGAGCCGCCAUUUUCCGGAGGGGCCUCGCUCGCUCUUAAAGCGGCAGCGCCCGGCGCUGAGGGACGGUACCGGGGAGGGAACCGGGGCCGGGAGCCAUAAAGGGCCGUGGCUGUGGUAGCGGCUUCCUCCGGUCACCACAGCCGUGGACAGACCGUGUGGGACCCAACCGGACCGGAUCGGUGCGUGUGUGGGGCCGAGGCCUGGCCCUCCCCACAGGGCUGCCCAGGCGCCUCCGGAGCAUCCUCAAGCUGCUUUUGCGUUAUUAAUUCAGCAUCACCAGGAAGUGAGGCAGGAUUGAAGCGCUGGCAGGUGGGGCCAUGCUUCCGUGCACCAGGAAGUGAGGAGUGUGAUUCCAGCCCCGCAGCUAUGGCAGCUGAUGAGAGGGACUACAACCUGACCGAGGAGCAGAAGGCCAUCAAAGCCAAAUACCCACCACUCACCAAGAAGUAUGAAUACCUGGAUCACACAGCAGAUGUGCAGCUACAUGCCUGGGGAGACACUUUGGAAGAGGCCUUUGAGCAGUGUGUUAUGGCCAUGUUUGGCUACAUGACUGAUACAGAGACUGUGGAACCUGUGGAUACAGUAGAGGUGGAGGCAGAAGGCCAUGACAUGUUGUCUCUUCUCUUCCACUUCUUGGACGAGUGGCUGUAUAAAUUCAGUGCUAAUGAGUUUUUUAUACCCAGGGAGGUGAAAGUGCUUUACAUUGACCGAAUGCAAUUCAAAAUAAGAUCAAUUGGGUGGGGAGAAGAGUUCUCUUUACCCAAACACCCUCAGGGCACAGAGGUCAAAGCCAUAACUUACUCAGCCAUGCAGAUCUGUGAAGAUGAAAAGCCAGAAGUCUUUGUCAUCAUUGAUAUUUAAAGCAAGAAAAGCGUGGUCCGGUGAAUACUUGUCGUUGGCUGGCAAAAGCCUCUUUAAUGCCAUGGAAGUAACAAAGGAAUUAGCCAACUAAAGCCACAAACUGAAGGGAGUAAUUGCAGGGAAUGUCAGCCUGUGUUUUGACUUGAGGAUGGUGAGACAGAGAAAUACCUGCAUGCCAGGAAAAAUAACUAGUCAGGGUUUGGGGGAAUGCUGAGAAGAAGAGAGAGAACUAUAGGGUUUCAGAGCCUCUCAGGAAUGCUGGUAGUCAGCUUUUAAGGCUGACACGUCUUAUGUGCUGUAUAAACCAAAUAGAGAAAUUAGUGGAGCUGCUAGCUAAAAUACUGCCUUUUUGUAGGGUGGCAGAUCUGUUCAACUACAUGAUUUCAUUUGUAGAUCUAAGUGUUCAGAUUCUGAGGUGUGAUCCCUCCUCCAUAUUUUAUAUAAAGGGUCCAAACCCCUUGCAGUGGGUCGGGAUUUAAUGUAGACAAAUUUUGGACAAUUGAAAGGACAGUCCAACCAUACUGAUGAAAACCAACCCACGCCACCUCUGCCUUCAAACAAAGUCAUGCCAGCAGGUGGUGCUGAACUGCUGUAAAUAAAUUCCCAUAUGCAAUGCUAAAGCAAGUGACCACAUACAUAGAAUCAUAGAAUAGUUAGGGUUGGAAAGAGCAUCCAGUUCCAACCCCCUGCCAUGGGCAGGGACACCUCACACUAAACCAUGGCACCCAAGGCUCUGUCCAACCUGGCCUUGAAC